GGGGCGGCUGCUGCCCGCCCCGCCGGCCGCUCCCCCCCCGCCGCCGCCGUGUUUACAUCCGCCGCCGCUUCCGUCCCGCCGCCGCGGCCCCUCCGGCCCCUUCCCGCGGCCCGGCUCGGCGCGGCCGCCCUCCGCCAGCAGUGUCAAUGCGGCGCCGCCGCCCCGCGGCCUGCCCCGGCCAUGGACACCAGCGACCUCUUCACCAGCUGCAAGAAGGGGGACGUGAGCCGCGUGCGAUACCUUCUUGAGCAGCGAGAUGUGGAAAUUAAUGUCCGCGAUAAAUGGGACAGUACACCUCUAUAUUAUGCUUGCCUAUGUGGACAUGAAGAGCUCGUACGCUAUCUUCUAGCCAACGGAGCAAAAUGUGAGGCAAACACUUUUGAUGGGGAACGUUGUUUGUACGGAGCUUUGAGUGAUACCAUCCGACGCCUGCUGAAAGAGUACAAGCAGAUCACAGCAAAGUGCAUGAAGAGAGACUAUUACGAUGUCUUCCUACAGCGGUUGCUGGAACAGGGUUGCCAAAGCGACAUUGUUUUCAUCGUCCAUGGCAAAUCUUUCUGUGCCCAUCGCUGCAUCCUCAGCGCUCGCAGCGCCUACUUCGCCGAAAUGUUUGAGACCAAAUGGAAGGGGAAGAACAUGAUAGUGUUGAAGCACCCGCUGAUCAAUCCAGCAGCCUUUGGCUCCCUUCUGCAGUAUCUAUACACAGGUCGUCUUGAUAUCGACGUAGAAUACGUAAAUGAUUGCAAGAGGUUAGCCAAACAGUGUCGGCUGCAGGACCUCAUAGAUGACUUGGAGACCAAGUGUAAAAAAGUCUAUGAAUUUGUCUCUUCCAAGCCAGGGACCUGUGUGAAAGUGCUGACGAUUGAGCCCACAGGUAACUGCCGGCUGCAGGAAGAUCUGGCUCUUCUAGCAGACUGCGCCCUGCCAGCCGAACUGCGGGUUGGUUUUGGGGAGUUGCCGUUUGACAGCACCGACAACUUUAACAGUUGUCCUGAUGUGUGUUUCCGGGUGGCAGAUUAUAACUUUCUGUGCCAUAAGGCAUUUUUCUGUGGUCGCAGUGAUUAUUUCAAAGCCCUCCUUGAAGACCAUUUCUGUGAGAGUGAGGAGAUGCAGACGCAGCCCAGCAUCCCUGUGGUGACUCUCCACAACAUCACAGAAGAUAUUUUCAUCCGGGUCCUCUACUACAUCUAUAGCGAUGACACGGAGCUGUCUCCAGAGAACGCCUACGAUGUGCUGUGCGUGGCAGACAUGUACCUGCUGCCUGGACUCAAGCGCCUGUGUGGCAGGACCUUGGCUCAGAUCCUUGACGAGGACAACAUUGUCAGCAUCUGGAGGAUUGCAAAGCUGUUCCAGCUGACCCGGCUGGAGGACCAGUGCACAGAGUACAUGGCAAAGAUCAUCGAGAAGCUGGUGGAGUUGGAGGAGUUUGUGGCUGCUGUGAAGGAGAACGCGGAGGCAGUGGAGGAACGGCAGGAGACCGACUCCAUUCCCCUGGUCGAUGACAUCCGUUUCCACAUCACCAGCAAUGUGCAGACUUACAGUGCCAUCGAGGAAGCCAACCAGAAACUUGAAGCUCUGGAAAACCUCCUGGCCAGUAUAGGGCUUGAGUGCUGAUGUGUGCAAACCCUGCCUGUCAUAUGCAGCCUGCGUAACCCUCCACAGUGAUUUGACUCGGAGUGCAGGAACAUCUGAGUCUCUGAAUGUCCCUUUUCCCCUCCCUUGUCCUCCUUCCCAUCCACUUCCAGGCAUGGUUUCUUUUUAAUUUAUUUAUGUCUGGACAUUUGCAUGUCUGGUUUGUGUUUGGUUUUAUUUUGGUUUUGUUUCUCCUUUCAGAAAUAGCUCCCAAAGCACAGCCCAGUUUAGUAGUUGCCGCUCGUACAAUACAGUGCGAAUAGACUGCGGGUGGUUGGGGGUAAGGGAGCUGCUGUGGGAAACUUGCUACUGCCUUGUAUAAGGACCCAUCCUGUUCUGUUGUCCAACCACACACUUCCAAAAUUGGUUCACACCAAGGUGCAUUUUGUUGCAUUGCCACCAGCAGAGGAGAAAAAUGGAUUAAACUCUCCAAAUAAGUACAUUAGAAAGGAGCUGGCUUUUCAUUCACUGUCAGCAUUGUAAGAUUGGCAAAGGUGGGCAGUGCUUCCCUAACAGGGACACAGGAGCACUUGGCUGUUUGGAAAGAGCUGUCUUCACCUGCUGUUCUGGUUCUUAGGUGAAAAACGCCAAAUGAUUUCCAGGUCUUCCCUAGCUUUUUGUUGCCUUGAAGUGUUGGCAUUUAGAUUUGCAUGCUCAGGGGAGUGGCAGAACGCAGGUUUUAAGAUACCUGAGUUCUGGCAGAUAGGCAAUUAUUUUCAAUCAAGAGCAUUUUUCCCUGUACUGUGUGUGAUGCGCAACUUCAGAAAUUAAAAGCUUUACUUUCCGAACACAAAUCUUUGGGAAUACAGUAGAGAGCAGAGACCUUCUGUUCCUAGAAGGCAGUAGCUUUCAAUGCAUUAAAAAGGAGAAGCACCCCUUUUCGUCCUAACAGGAGAAGGAAACACCUUCCUGGAAUUGGUGCUUUUCCUUUCUCUUGGUCCAUUGCCGGAGAGCAAAACUCACUUGUGCUGGUGGGUUGGGGAAGAGGGGCCUUUUGGGUCUGUUGCAGGGCAGCUGUCCCACUCUUUGGCCUUCUGGCUUUGCUCAGCUUUGAGCCUUGUAGCUUUGUUGUUCUCCAGGAAAUUCACUGUUUGUGCUAAUGAAUGUUUUUGAAUCUGUGUUCCGCAGUAGGUCGCGUUAUCUCUUCGUCUCUCUGGACGCCUAAACGAGGGUAAUGAUGUUCUUUCUCCUCGGCACCAAGCAGCAGGCGAUAUCCCUGCACGACGCCUGCCUCGCUGCCCUUGGAGCUGCUCGUCUCCAGAACAGCGAGUUACGAGAGUCUCGAGCCUCCAAGGCACAGGGAGGGCACGCUUUGCCGUGCUGUGAGUUGGGAGGGAGAAAAGAGGUUGUGUGAAGCACAGGGGAAUCCUACAUGAGCAGUGGGCUGCCAUUACUGAUGGAUGUUGAUUGUCAUUUUGGUCACUUUGUGAGGCAAGAGCUUAAAAUAGCCUGUGUCAAAUGGACAUGGGUCCCCUGCAGCUCCAGGGGGGUGUUUCCACGGGUAAGGGAAGGGUCUGGAGAUCCUGUGUUUGGCAGAGACUUGCUACAGGUGUGGAGGUACUGGGAGGAUGGGGUGCCUUUCCCUGCUAAUCCCACCUGGUGAAGAAUACAUGCUCCCCCACCGUGUGCGAACGCACUGCCCUGCUCGGAGUGUCUGCCUAUACCCAGCACGUGCUUGAAGUUGCAUGCUCUUACGUGGGCAGGCUGGGUUAGGCUGCAAAGAGGAAGCUGCACUGUGGUGUUUGGGUAAUGUACUCUAGAGAAACUGGACUUCACCAAAAGUGCGUGUCAGGAUUAAGCUGCACUGACGGGGAGCCUGGGAACAGAGCUGGCAGGGCAGGAAUGAGGUGCAUUGACAGAACCGGACCCUGGAUGCCUGUGCACUUUGUCAUCCGUGUUUAACUAGUUUCUCUUGCAGAAUAAGUCUCUUUAGGGUAGGGGAUAAAGGCUGCAUGGCUAUUCAGGCAGUGUCUGCCUUGCUUUUGUUUCAAAAUGCUUGAGUAGAAGUAUAAGGAGUCCUUGUUGUUUGCUUUCUGCAGGCAUUUUAGGGUGGGUAAGAGGAUGUGUCCGUGCAGGUGUGUGUUCCUGUACAGGAGCGGGGAGCAGCAGGAGUGCUCUUCUGUUGGGGAUGGUGACACAGAAAGGAGCUGUGUGUUUGUCAUGCAAUUUGUGGAAUAGACAAAUCUCUUCACCUUCAUGUCCAUCUCCAAGCUCAGAGUGGCUUUGAUGGGUGAGCCAGAGAGCUCAGCACAACUUGAACUGAUAAAAGCAGCUCAGUAGACUUGAGGAGGAGAAGGGCUAUUUAAAAAGCUUUAAUAUGAAGUUCCAUAUAUUUUAGGGAAAGAAGAGUGGAAGAGCAGAACUGCCUGUUUUCUUGCUCUGUGAAGUGUCAGGCUCGUGAAAGCGUGCUGCAGAAACAACUGAUAGCUGGACCUAGCAGGUACAGUUCACUGGCGUUUUUCCUCCCUUUAUUGCUGAAGACAACAGUGAACGUAAGCAGGAUGUUUAGUUUAUCACAUCCCCUCUGCUCUUCCUGCAUAAAUUCCCCACCUGACAUCUUGGUAGUCGGCUUUCCACAGCAAUGGUUGUGAGAGCCCUGCACAAGGCUCUGGCGGAGCCACCAGAGAACCGAACGUGGCCUUUGCCUUCUGUUUGUGCUGGACGAGAUGCAGAAGUGGGAUAACAGAGGAACGUGCUGAUGUUUUUCCCUGCAGAUGCCUCAGCUCCUACAGCAAAAUGGACACUGGUAGUAGGCAAAGCAGGAAGGAGGCAGAGCAGGGGCAGUGAUUUUGGGAAGCAUUUUCUCCGUAUGGCUGCUUUUAAAUAAUUCUAUUCCCGCAUGCUUAAGCGUGGAGCAAGCGAGGCUGCAGUUGUACACGUGGGAUAGUUGACACGUGAAAGGUCAGUGUGGCCUUUUGAUUUGCACCCCCCGAGCAGCACAGUUGCAUGUGGACUGCCAAGCAAACGCCUCAUCUGUCUGCGUGCACUUAGUGGUCACAUCUGAACACCACCAGAUUGUCCAAUUACUCGGGGUCCUUUAGCCCCCCUCCUUUUGGCAAAAUAGGGCUAUGAAAAAGCAUGCAUAAGCAGAUGGUCAGCAUGCAGGCAGGCUCCCUAAUAAGAUGAGCCAGGUCAUUACAUAGAUCUGAAUUCACUUUAUUCUUGUUGCAAAUAAUUGUAUCACAAAAUAAAAAAAACUAAGGAUUUUUUUUCUUCUGUUGCCAGUGUCCUUUUUAUGUUCUGUUGCCUCUGUCCUUUUUAUUUACUACUAGCCACCUGUUGAAUUAAAGAGAUUGUAAAGUUUAUCAGAGCAACAAUAUAUUUAAAAAGAAAUGUGUAAGCAUGUGUGCAGCAAUAAAAAGCUAUAUAUUUCACUAUA